CUCCAGCUCGCCAUGACCUGCAAGGAUGCGUAUGAGCUUGCCAUGCCCCGCGUCCUUGCCGACGUUUCCAUCGGCGACCCCGGUUUCGACGACGGCCCCGACAGGCUGUCUAAAUUCUGCCACUUCAUGCUCGCAGAUCCCCACCGCCGCAUCAGACACCUCCGGGCCCUCCGCCUCCUCGAGGGCGCCUUCGCGCGCGUCCACUACGUGCGCAAUAGGGAACGUCUCGAGGCAGACUUCUCGUCUGCAGAAGUUCUCGCAGACCUCCUUCGCCAGGCCGACAAUCUCCGCGUAAUCCACAUCCGGGACGCCGAACCCCUCUUCCAAUUUAACCCGGCCGUCUAUGAGGCGCUCGCGCAGCUGUCGUCCCUGAAGGAGCUCUCGCUCUACUACAUCGGGAACUCGACGCUCAAGGCGAUAUCGCAGCUGCGCAGCACGCCCGCGCUCAUCGAAAACGGCCUGUGGAAGGAUGGCCCACGGCCGCAGGGCGACAUCACGCCAUUCAGCAAUUUCGUCGACUCGGUCAAGCACCUGAAGCUCUGGGAGUGCGGCUGCAUGCUCGAGAGCAUCGUCGACCGCCACGUCUGGCCGAACCUGCACACGCUGGAUAUCGGGGGCCGGAUUGCCAAGCUGUCCGAGCUUGCGCACGCGUUUCCCAACCUCCGGCGGCUCACGUUCUACCUCGAAUUCUCGGUGAAGCAGGAGACCGGGCCCGCUGCCUGCUGGCCUGAGCUAGACUAUCUCGAGACGAGCGCGCCUAUCCCGUCGUUCCCGUCACCCGCCCGGCGGCUGCAGCUGCAGUACCCGAUCGGAGCGACGCCCGGGUCGCACAAUUCAUCGGACCUGAAGACGCUCCCGCUCAUGGAGCACGCCAACCCGGUGGUGCUGUCAAUCACAGUGUCGGAGGCCGUGCCGCUGACGAUGCUCGAGCGCAUGAAGGGCGCGAUGCCGUCGCUGCGCUACCUCGAGCUCGUCUACACC